AUGGAGAAUGGAAAAGACAAAGGGACGAAGAAAGGAAUGGAGGAAGAAAUGUUGCAAGUAGGAUCGAAAGAAAGGAGGAAGGAACCGAAGAUUGGACGGAGAAAAAAAUAUGGAAGAAGCGGAGGAAGGGAAGGAAAAAGGAAUGUCGCAAGUAAGUACAGAAGUGCGGGUGGCAGCAGGAUCCAAAGGAGGGACGGAAAGGGACGUAGGAAGGGACGUAGGAAGGGAUGUAGGAAGGGACGUAGGAAGGGACGUAGGAAGGGACGUAGGAAGGGACGUAGGAAGGGACGUAGGAAGGGACGUAGGAAGGGACGUAGGAAGGGACGUUGGAAGGGACGUAGGAAGGGACGUAGGAAGGGACGUAGGAAGGGACGUAGGAAGGGACGUAGGAAGGGACGUAGGAAGGGACGUAGGAAGGGACGUAGGAAGGGACGUAGGAAGGGACGUAGGAAGGGACGUAGGAAGGGACGUAGGAAGGGACGUAGGAAGGGACGUAGGAAGGGACGUAGGAAGGGACGUAGGAAGGGACGUAGGAAGGGACGUAGGAAGGGACGUAGGAAGGGACGUAGGAAGGGACGUAGGAAGGGACGUAGGAAGGGACGUAGGAAGGGACGUAGGAAGGGACGUAGGAAGGGACGUAGGAAGGGACGUAGGAAGGGACGUAGGAAGGGACGUAGGAAGGGACGUAGGAAGGGACGUAGGAAGGGACGUAGGAAGGGACGUAGGAAGGGACGUAGGAAGGGACGUAGGAAGGGACGUAGGAAGGGACGUAGGAAGGGACGUAGGAAGGGACGUAGGAAGGGACGUAGGAAGGGACGUAGGAAGGGACGUAGGAAGGGACGUAGGAAGGGACGUAGGAAGGGACGUAGGAAGGGACGUAGGAAGGGACGUAGGAAGGGACGUAGGAAGGGACGUAGGAAGGGACGUAGGAAGGGACGUAGGAAGGGACGUAGGAAGGGACGUAGGAAGGGACGUAGGAAGGGACGUAGGAAGGGACGUAGGAAGGGACGUAGGAAGGGACGUAGGAAGGGACGUAGGAAGGGACGUAGGAAGGGACGUAGGAAGGGACGUAGGAAGGGACGUAGGAAGGGACGUAGGAAGGGACGUAGGAAGGGACGUAGGAAGGGACGUAGGAAGGGACGUAGGAAGGGACGUAGGAAGGGACGUAGGAAGGGACGUAGGAAGGGACGUAGGAAGGGACGUAGGAAGGGACGUAGGAAGGGACGUAGGAAGGGACGUAGGAAGGGACGUAGGAAGGGACGUAGGAAGGGACGUAGGAAGGGACGUAGGAAGGGACGUAGGAAGGGACGUAGGAAGGGACGUAGGAAGGGACGUAGGAAGGGACGUAGGAAGGGACGUAGGAAGGGACGUAGGAAGGGACGUAGGAAGGGACGUAGGAAGGGACGUAGGAAGGGACGUAGGAAGGGACGUAGGAAGGGACGUAGGAAGGGACGUAGGAAGGGACGUAGGAAGGGACGUAGGAAGGGACGUAGGAAGGGACGUAGGAAGGGACGUAGGAAGGGACGUAGGAAGGGACGUAGGAAGGGACGUAGGAAGGGACGUAGGAAGGGACGUAGGAAGGGACGUAGGAAGGGACGUAGGAAGGGACGUAGGAAGGGACGUAGGAAGGGACGUAGGAAGGGACGUAGGAAGGGACGUAGGAAGGGACGUAGGAAGGGACGUAGGAAGGGACGUAGGAAGGGACGUAGGAAGGGACGUAGGAAGGGACGUAGGAAGGGACGUAGGAAGGGACGUAGGAAGGGACGUAGGAAGGGACGUAGGAAGGGACGUAGGAAGGGACGUAGGAAGGGACGUAGGAAGGGACGUAGGAAGGGACGUAGGAAGGGACUUUUGCUCUAUGUAACGGCAGCAGUACCACAGGGUAAGGUGCUCUAUAUGGCCGACAUACCAAGGCCUGAAAAUGAAGAGGUAUUGAUAAUUUAUGCAGAUGACGUCAUCGUAGCCGCCAUGAGUGCCAGGGCCAAUACGGCUGAGAGAGUUCCUACGGAUUACCUAGAGCAAUUGGACAUACACUUUCAAUAA